AUGCAACAGACGCUACAAUACGGAGCGUUGUCAUCCCUACGACAUUCGUCCACUAUGAUGGCAACCGUCAACAAAGGUAUUCUCUUUCGACCAACGAAAACGGAUGGCGUCGGUCGAGGAAACCCGAAGAAGUAUCGAUGUGACGUGUGUGACAAAGCGUUCAGCAGAAGUAACACGCUGAUCACUCACAAGCGCAUUCAUACUGGCGAAAAACCUUUCAAGUGCGAUCACUGCGGUCGCGCCUUCCGCCAACCUGGAAACCUUACUCGACACCGACUUACGCAUACAACGGUGAAACCAUAUGUGUGCAUCCAUUGUGAAAAAGCAUUCAAUCGAGCUUCUAAUCUUCACACGCAUAUGCGGACUCAUGUUGGAAAAUGA